CCCAUCAUCCGAGGGACCAGAGGAACCGAGAGGAGGACCCUUGAGCCUCUCUGGCUGCUGGGCUGCUUGGCCCUCCUCCUCCCCCUCUUUGCAGGUGCCCCAGCCUCACCUGGCCUCCUCUGCUUUGCCUUCCCUGAUGGAGAGGCAGCACAUCAUGGCUCAGGUGCACAUCCAGGAGCCCAUGCCUCCCUCCUCUUCCUCCUCCUCCUCUGGGGAGGAACCCCGGAGGCUGCCGGACCCAGUUCGCCUUGCAGCCCGGGAAAGGAUGGCUGGAGGCCGCAUGCUGGACAGCCAGAGCCUGGAUGGGAUCAGCCAAGUCUAUGGAGCCUCCAAGGCUCAGGAAGGCAGGAGGGCCACCAUCUCCAGCGCCUUGGAGCUGGAAGGGACGGUCAGCCACGAUGGGGACCUGACCCACUUUGUGGCCAACAACCUCCAAAUGAAGAUCAAGAUGAGCUCCAGAGGAAGCCUGGAUGACACUGAGGCCACCACCACCACGGUCACUACUGCCUCCUCCUCGGUGUCCUCGCAGCUCUCCAUGAGGGGCAAGACGGCGGACAUCCCCCCCAUCGACCCCCACGUUGUCCGGGACCUGGAACGGCUGACCAGGGACAUGGCGCAGAAAGUGGACCAGAUGCUGAGGGCCUUGAACGGCUCCAUCCAGAACAUGACGGCCCUCAGCGUGGGCUACAUCCAGACCUACCGGGACGCGGUGGACAGCUUGGGGGAGUCGGUGGACAUGAGCAUCAAAGGGAUGUACACCCUGAUGGCGCGCUGUGAGGAGCUGGACCGCUCCAUGCAGCCUGUCCACACUUUGGCCAAGCAGAUCCGGGAGAUUAAGAGGACCCUGGAGGUUUUUGAGGCCCUCUGCAAGUAGGGCCUCUUUUCAGAGGGACUGGUGGACUGGUUCGGCAGCGGGGAGCGAAACCCAGGUGGACACGGCGGUGCAGACUCCAAAAAGGGAAAUGAUAAUGUGUGUGUUUUUCUUGCACUGUAAUAAAGGGAUUCUGACAAACGUU